AUGGCUUCCACCGUUCCUGUCGCUACUGCUCAGCUAAUCGGUACAUUUGUCGAGACCUUUAGCUAUGGAAUUUACAUCGCGAUUUUUCCUCGAUGUAUGGCGAUUUUUUGGAAUCGGUACAAAGGUCGUCAAGGCCAAAUCGGUAGUUCAGUCGCUAUCUAUUUCAUCCUCACGAUGGUACUCUUGCUCUUGGUGAUUACGCUGCACGUCGUUACAAAUCUCACCAGAGCUUUCCAAGCCUUUACGGCCAACAUCACUGUCGGAGGCGCUGCUGAAGUAUACUUCAAGAACGGAAACACCUCCCUCAACAUGUGCAAGGUCGCAUCGAAUGUUACGGUAACGCUUAUUGGCGAUCUCGUCAUGUUGUAUAGGACUUCCAUCAUAUGGAGACAAACGUGGUGGAUUCUGAUUCUCCCUACGUGCUUGUUUUUUUUCAACAUCGCGAUGUCCGCCUGGCAUACCUGGUCCGUGGGUGAAGCACAACCAGGAAGCAGCAUCCUCAAUUCCGCCACAUAUGAGCGCUCGCUAUAUUUCUUUGCCGCCACUUUGGCAUUUAAUUUCGUUUGCACCAUCCUUGUUAUUGUCAAACUGUGGCGUACGCGCCGGGGUUUCAAGUUUGUCGCGGUCAAUAGGCCUCGUUGGCGUUAUUACGGAGUUAGCAGUCACCAGGUGACGAAAAUGUUUGCUAUCAUUCUAGAGUCUGCCGCCAUAUACUCCGCUGCUUUGGUGUGUUUGAUUGGAACUGCAUUGGUCCAUCAUUCGGCAUAUUUCAUCUUGUAUAAUUCGAUGCCCCCGCUUGUCGGUUCAGUCUUCUCAUUUGUCAUUUUGAGAAGUACCGUCCAAGACGACAACGACCCUGUCACUGGCACACAGACGUCAAGUUUUACAAGUGCGAACGUGAACGGGGGAGCUUGGGCUUUGCGACCUAUCUCGUCUCCUCUUCAAGUUCACAUCACCCACGAUGUAAUCAAAAGGAUGCCGGAGAACGACUCUUGGGACGCUGAACUCGGAGAUGAAUCCCCCGUUGAGCGGGUUCGGGAAAAUAUGGUACGAACCCUUCGCUGCACAGGUGACGAUUAA